AUGGAGAGGAGCACUCUGAGUGCAGACUGCUGCGUGAUGGAGGAGAAUAAAAGCCAUCUCAGUCCCAAUGGGAGACACAAGGCCGCCAAUGGCAUCCCGAUCACCGCAAACGGCAACACAGUCCACAUGCAGCCGCAGAGAGAGACAUGGACCCGACCGAUGGACUUCAUCAUGUCCUGUGUGGGCUUCGCUGUCGGUCUGGGGAAUGUGUGGCGCUUCCCUUACCUGUGCUACAAAAAUGGUGGAGGAGUCUUUCUCAUUCCCUAUGUGUUUUUUAUAUUUCUCGGUGGAAUUCCUACCUUCUUUCUGGAAAUUUCUCUGGGCCAGUUCAUGAAGGCUGGAGGCAUCGCUGUGUGGAACAUCGCUCCUCUCUUUAAAGGACUCGGCUAUGCUUCGACAGUCAUAGUGUUCUUCUGCAACACCUACUACAUCGUGGUCUUGGCAUGGAGUUUAUAUUACCUCAUCCAAUCCUUUACGAAGACACUGCCCUGGUCUACCUGCACCAACUACUGGAACACAGAAGACUGCGUUGAGACCUUCCACCACGACGCCUGCAAGAAUGGAACCAUCAGCAACUACACCUUCAUGAACAAGACCUGUAAGGAGUUAGAGAACGCCACAUCUCCCAUCAUUGAGUUCUGGGAGAAUAAGGUGCUGCGUAUCUCCAAAGGCCUGGACGAUAUGGGACAGAUGAACUGGGAGAUAAUUCUGUGUCUGAUAGCUGUCUGGCUGGUGGUCUACUUCUGCAUAUGGAAGGGAGUAAAGUCGACAGGAAAGAUUGUGUAUUUCACUGCCCUGUUCCCCUACAUUAUCCUGAGCAUUCUCCUGGUAAGAGGUGUGACCCUUUCUGGGGCUUAUGAUGGGAUCAUGUACUAUCUGAAGCCUGACUGGUCAAAGAUUAAAGAGGCCCAGGUCUGGAUCGAUGCUGGUACUCAAGUGUUCUUUUCUUACGCCAUCGGACUCGGAGCCCUGAGUGCUCUCGGCAGUUAUAACCAAUUCAACAACAACUGCUACAGGGAUACGUUUGUGUUGGCCCUGAUAAACAGCGGCACCAGUUUCUUCUCUGGCUUUGUAGUUUUUUCCAUUCUGGGCUUCAUGGCUGUUGAGCAAGGUGUGGACAUCUCAAAAGUGGCAGAGUCAGGACCGGGCCUGGCGUUCAUCGCGUACCCCAAAGCUGUGUCGAUGAUGCCCGUGGCACCACUCUGGUCUGUACUUUUCUUUUUCAUGCUGCUGACACUGGGGUUGGACAGUCAGUUUGUUGGAGUAGAAGGCUUUAUAACUGCCAUCCUGGAUCUGCUCCCUCAGCGCUUUAAAAAGCGAAAAAUCAUUGUGGCGAUCUGCUGCAUGCUUUGGUUUAUUAUAGGUCUCUCCAUGGCUACACAGGGAGGGAUGUAUGUCUUCCAAAUUUUUGACUAUUAUUCAGCCAGUGGAAUGACCCUGUUGUGGCAGGCAUUCUGGGAAUGCAUGGUUGUCGCUUGGGUUUAUGGUGCUGAUAGGUUUAUGAAUGAUAAUAUUGGCCAUAUGAUCGGUUACCGGCCUCUCCCUUGGAUGAAGUGGUGCUUGUCGUUUCUUACUCCAUGUGUUUGCAUGGGAAUAUUCGUGUUCCACCUGGUGAACUACAAGCCUCUUACCUACAAGAAGACGUACAUGUACCCGUGGUGGGGGGAGAUGAUCGGAUGGUGGAUGGCUCUCUCCUCCAUGCUCUGCAUCCCUCUUAGCGUCAUCUACAAGCUCAUCAUGGCCAAAGGAUCCUUCAGAGGGCGCUGGGAGAGUCUGACCAAACCCGUGUGGGGUGCACAUCAUUCGGAGUACAUGGAAACUGAUGUGGACAACAGAAGCCCGUCGUCGCUCUCCCCAGGCAUCGAAGACAACGUGGUCAUCGUCCUCAAGAGCACUAUGUAG